AUGACGACUCCUUCUUUGCCGUCAAGCUCGUAUGGAGGAGAUUUCCCAGAGAUGAUACCCAGCAUGGAGCUUGUUGCUUCUACGGAUGUAGAAGACGACGACGGUGACGGUGACGAUGACUAUAGCAGCGUAGGCAGCUUCUUAAAGCCCUUGAUUCUUGAUGAUAGCACGGUGUACGACCUUGCAUACCGCUUCUCGAAGACUUUCAAGGAUGUUGCGGCGAAUUCUCUGGAACAGUUCUUCCCUACGGCUGUGACUCGCCUCCCCACGGGACAGGAGACCGGUCACUAUCUAGCAGCAUAUGUUGGCCUGUCGUACCUUAGAGUAGCCUUUAUUGAUCUGCUAGGCCCUUCCGUACCGGCAGCUAGAGUCCAUGGUAAAGAUGGUGUGGUUUCACCGCGUGUACGGCGCACGCUGGAGAAAGCAUGGCCUAUCGAGGACCGCUUGAAAAAGGAUAAUGCCAAAGAUUUGUUUGCGUGGAUUGGUGACCGAGUUGCUGAGGUUGUGGCUGACAGCCUAGAGCCGAGAGGGAGUAGUUCUCCUCCAUCGGUCGAUAUGGGUAUUUCAUUUUGUUUCCCGAUAAAGCAGGGAAAUCUUCAUGAAGCAAUAUUAAUGCCCACUGGCAAGGGAUUUGCUAUAAACUCAGACCUUAACCUCCGGGAGGCUUUACUAGAUGGCUAUGACCGCCAUAUACGCCGCGCCAACCGCGAGUUUGACUCAGACACUAAGCGGCUACGGCGCAGUGGGCUACCAACGCUGAGAGUUGUGGCUAUUACGAAUGAUACGGUUGGGACGUUGGCGUCUCUUGCAUACUCGGUACCGUCUCUCCCCAACAGUAAGGCGGUAAUGGGCCUCAUCGUCGGCUCGGGAUGCAAUGCCACCAUCCUAAUGAAUAUGGACGCUCUUAACGAGGAGAAAACCCGCCCAGUCAGAGUUAACCAGCCCGAUGCUUCCGAGGUUCUAGUAAGCACGGAAUGGACUCUCCGUGACUCUUCUCUGCCCUUGCUGGAACUUAACAUUGCCUCGGACUGGGACAACACGCUUACGCAGGGAAGCAGUCGACCUGGUUUCCAGCCCUUGGAGUAUAUGGUUGGUGGCCGAUACAUAGGCGAAUUAGUCCGUAUCGUUGCCCAUGAUUAUUUCAAGACCGUCUGCGGGAUACCUGAUGAAGCUCUCCCCGAGGCCAUGGUCGAGCCUUACCGGCUUACAACCGACCUACUUUCUAUCACCAUAGCCUCUACCUCUCUAACCAAGCAAGACCUUGCAUAUGAGCUGCAAACCAAACUCCCUCCUCGUUCGUCAACAGUCGAAUGGACCUGGACUGAAGAAAGUGCACAGGUGUUACGCACCAUUGCAGCCACAGUGCAAAACCGAUCGGCAGCCCUAGUAGCUGCUGCCACCACAGGUCUGCUCGCAUGUACAGGCCACAUCCACCUACGCAGCCUUGAAGAACUAGCCUCCAUCUCUCACACACCUACACGGGAGGCGACGUCAUUCUUACAACCGAGCGACCUUCGAAGUCCCGAGGAGCUAGUUGUUGGGUUCUCGGGGGGUGUGAUACAGCAUUACCCAAUGUACAAGCAGCAUGUGCAGGGGUAUAUUGAUCAGAUACUGCUGCGUGGUGGGCCACAGGAUGGAGGGAAGAGUAUCUUCUUGCGGGAGGCUAGUGAUGGUGGUAUCAUUGGCGUGGGUGUCCUGGCUGGAACGACCAAGGGGAGAAUUGAGACUAUUACGGGAGCAGGCAUGAAGGCUGUGGAGGAUACAACGGACCCUCAGUCAUGA